GUUCUUUUAGUUCUGCAUUCCUUAUUUAAUUUCGCCCUCUCGGACGGAGGAGCUUCUUUCUUCGGCGCGGGCCACACCCCUCCACCUGCUCGUAGUUUGUUGGAACCGAUUCCUGUUGUAGAUAAUAACACGAAAUGCUUACCACUGUAUUUUUAGAACAUGCUGGUGGCCGAGUGGGUAGCGUGUCCUCCGUAUGCUGCCAUUGUUUGCCUCGCCUUGCUCCCUUUCUACCAGGUGCAUCGCGCACACUGGCAUCGUGUGUUAAUUGCUCCCACCUGACGUGUUUACCGUCGUCCUGCAUGCACGCGGCCCAGACGCCUGCCCUGUUUUGCCCAACACUGCACCCGGUUUUCUGCUGCCUCUGCUGCUGUCACCUCCCCCAAGCAUUGGGGAGGGAGAGGCAGGCGUGGACGAGGAGCGGCAACGAUGAGGAAAGACAGGUAGUGUGCCCAAAGGACGAUCGGUAAUCGCCAGCAGCAACAGCGAUAUAUGCGCGGCAGGCUUUGUUGGGCUGGCCCAACCUCUGUCCCGCGCCUACCCACACCCACUAUUGCAGGCGAAUCUGGCUGGCUGACUGGCUGACUGGCUGACUGGCUGACUGGCUAUCUGACUGGCCGCCUGUCUGGCUGGCCGCCUGUCUGGCCGCCUGGCUAGCUGG